AUGGCGAGAGUGGUCACCCGCCGCGAGAUCCGCUCCCUGCCGCGGUCGGAGCAGGACCGCUUCGCGGACGCGGUUGAGAAGAUGAUGGAGAACCGUUCGGGGCCGGAGACGUCGGAGUACUUCCGGGUGGCGGGCUACCACGGCUGGCCGGGGUCGCCGUCAGGGAGGGCGUACUGCGCCCACGGGGAUGAGCAUUUCCCGGCAUGGCACCGCGCCUACCUGCGGGAGUUCGAGCGCGCUCUGCAGCGCGCGGACCGUGAGCUGGGGCGGCGGGGCGACAUCGCGCUGCCCUACUGGGACUGGACCGACGUGGACCGGCGGGAGGUGUUCCCCGAGAUCAUCCGCCGGCGGUUUCCCGAGCUGCCCGACGACUUCCUGCGGCCGGAGAACCAGAGGUCGGGGCCGGGGGCGGCGCUGAUGCGCGGGCUGGCCGUGCCCAGCGACAGCCGCAUCCGGGCUUCGCUGCGGCCCAGCAGGCGGAUGGGCCCCGCGGAGCAGGCGUCGAUCGCGCUGCUGGAGGAGGAGCACUUCCGCUUCGCGCACCGCGGCGGGCGGGCGAACAACAUCGAGACGCCGCACGACACCGUGCACGUGAUGCUGGGCUCGCCCAUGUCGUCGCUGGCGAUCGCGGCCUUCCACCCGGCCUUCUGGCUGCACCACUGCAACAUCGACCGCUUCUACUCCAAGUACCUGGAGCUGGAGCCGGACUCGCAGCGCGAGUUCAUGCAGCACCAGAGGAUGGAGUUCCUGAUGAACAGGGGCAAUCCCGACGUGUACGUGGCGCCCCUGGAGCCCUUCCGCCUGGGCCGCCGGCCCUUUCGCGUGGCGGACUGCUUCCGCACGGAGCCGCUGGGCUACCGCUACGACCGCCUGCCGCCCGCCCCCGGGCGCCAGAUGCGCGAGGUGCCCACGCUGGUGGCCCUGCCCGUGGAUGUCAUGAAGCUGGGCCAGCACAGCUACAUGGCCAACGUGUUCGCGAUGCCCAAGGCGGACGCGGAGGGCUGGCAGCCGCCCGAGGACCCUGAGGAGUGGAUGGACGACCCAGCCUUCGCGGACCAGAUAGGGAUCUUCGGGAGCAAGAGCCCCGAUUGCGAGGGGUGCCAGCGGAGGCCGGUUUUCAACGCUUAUGCGGACAUUACCGCCAAUUUGAACGACCUUGGGCUCAGCCGCCACGAGGUGGGCGUCCGGGUGAUGUGCCUAGACGAGCUGGGGCAGCCGGUGCCAAUCGAGGAGACGCAGAUCGGCGAGCCGCAGGUGGUGGGUCCGUAUUUUGAGAGCCAGGACGCCCACCUGGCCAAGGGGGAGGAGGAGGCGGCCCCCGUGGUGGGCGAGGUGAAGCAGCUGCAGACGUAUCUCAAGCGCUUCGGCUGGCUCAAGGGCGAGGUGGACGGCGCAUUUGGCGACCUCACGGAGGAGGCGCUGAAGCGGUUCCAGAAGUUUGUCGGCUUGGCCGACGACGGCGUCGCCGGGCCCCUGACCAAGGCCAAGAUCCUGCAGAGCCGGGUGGAUGGCGUCGAGGACCAGGAGGAGGACGAGGACGCGGCCAACUACUGCCGGGGGGAGGAGGUGAAGUACUGGGUGGGGCCGGAGCCGGGGUACCUGGACAGGGCCACCGUGCUGGGGGAGCUCCGGGGCGCGUUCGAGGCCUGGGAGGAGGUCACGGGGGUGGAAUUCGCGGAGGUUGACGAGCAGGAGGAGGCGGACGUGAGCGUGACCUGGGGCAACCGCUCGCCGGACAACCUGUUCCAGCUGGACGGCCCCGGCGGCGCCCUGGCGCACAGCACCAAGGAGUACCUGCAGUUCGACAGCUCGGAGCGGUGGCUGUGCCAGGGCCAGCCGGCGGCCCCCGGGCGGUUCUACUUGUACCCCGUGGCGCUGCACGAGGUCGGCCACGUGCUGGGCCUGACGCACAGCGCCAACCCCGCGGACGUCAUGGCGCCGUACUACGUGCCGGACAAACUGGAGCUGCAGCCGGGAGACUGCGAGAGGGCGGCCGCGGUGUGGGCUUGA